AUGCCAUGGGUCCACGCAAGCGAGGCAACACAUUCCCUCCCUUCCCUUCUGCUCCCCCCUCUUCCUCCUGCAGGCAUUGUGACGGACAGCACCACACCACACGGCAUUACCUCCACCGCCCAUCUUGAGCCAAUGUCAUGGGGCUGCGCAAUCAUUCCGUUCCGUUCUCUCUCCUCCUGCAGGAUCGUGACGGAUGGCACCACUCGGCACUACUUCCACCGCCCGUCGCGUGCCUAUGCCAUGGGGCUGCGCAAGAGACGAAAGGUCUUCUCAGAUCGCCCCUCCCCUGCCGCUGCCACUUUGCCGCACCGGCACUGUGGGGGGGGCGGAUGCGGGUGGAGGACGGGAGGAGUGCGGAUCGGUUGGAAGAAGAUUCUGGUGCUGUAUGAGACGCGGGCGCAGAGGGGCAAGAAGCGGGGGCGGACGAGCGGAGCAGCCCUGCAGGGGGCAGCGGGGAAGGACAGGAAGACGAAUUGGAUCAUGCACCAGUACCAUGUGGGGGAGCAGGGCGAGGAGAAGGAGGGCGAAUGGGUGGUGUCGAAAGUCUUUUACCAGAUUCAGCAGAGGCAGAGUUCAGGCGAGAGCAGGACAGGGAGGGGUCACUGCCCCCUUGUUUGA